AUGGCGACCCCAGACGACAAGCCGCCCGAGACCGCCGUGACGAACUUCCGCGCUUGGGUCGCGCAGGCCGUGGUAGCCUCUUUCAUUGCCGGAGGUGUAGCAGGCGCUGUCUCGAGAACAGUGGUGUCUCCGCUGGAGAGACUCAAGAUUUUGCUUCAGGUGCAAUCCACCGGACGCACCGAGUACAAGAUGAGCAUACCCAAGGCUUUGGCGAAGAUAUGGAGGGAAGAGGGUUUCAAAGGCAUGAUGGCAGGGAACGGAGUCAACUGCAUACGUAUUGUGCCUUAUAGUGCUGUGCAAUUCGGCAGUUACAAUCUCUAUAAGCCCUUCUUCGAAUCCGAGCCAGGCGCACCUCUCCCUCCGGAGCGACGACUAGUGUGCGGAGCUAUCGCCGGUAUCACGUCGGUAACCUUCACAUAUCCGCUGGAUAUCGUGCGCACGCGACUAUCUAUCCAGACUGCAUCCUUCAAGGAUCUCAGCAGAGAGGCACAGCAGAAGAUGCCUGGCAUGUUCGGCACGUUGACAUAUAUGUACAAGCAAGAAGGUGGUUUCCUCGCUCUCUACCGGGGCAUUGUACCUACAGUGGCUGGAGUAGCUCCGUAUGUGGGCUUGAACUUCAUGACAUACGAGAGUGUCCGACAAUACUUCACGCCAGAGGGCGAGGCCAAUCCCUCGGCGAUAGGAAAGCUUUGUGCGGGUGCCAUAUCCGGUGCCGUGGCGCAGACCAUUACAUACCCAUUCGAUGUUCUUCGGCGUCGGUUCCAAGUCAACACAAUGUCAGGAAUGGGAUACAAGUACAAAUCCAUCCUUGACGCGUUGAAGACCAUCGUGGCCCAGGAAGGCUUCAAGGGAUUGUACAAGGGUCUUGUGCCAAACCUGCUGAAGGUCGCGCCAUCAAUGGCAUCAAGCUGGCUGAGCUUCGAGAUGACGAGAGACUUCCUGAUCAACAUGAAGCCAGAAGCAGAGCCAUCGGAAGAUUCGCCGAUCGGAGUAAACACAUCGAAGUGA